AUUUUGUUGAUAUUGUUUUCCCGCAAACCGCGCUUUUUUAAAUAUCUGCUUUAUAAAUAUUAAAAAAUGCAAAAGAGAAAUGUAAUUUAUGUGCAUAAUGGCAAUUUAAUACAACAAGCAGACAAAAACCCAGCAGUGAGGGGUAGGGCUUCACUAACCCACUCACUGAUUGCUUCAUAUGGACUACUGAAGCAUAUGCAACGACUGGAACCGAGAAUUUGCAAAUAUACAGACUUACGCCGUUUUCAUAAUAGCGCUUAUGUGGAAGAGUUGCUGAAGAAAGCUACGCUUAGUAAAACAAAAAGUACAACAAAUGUGUUUGUUAAACAGAAAAUGCUGAAUGACACGUUAGAGGAAGCUUGCUCCUCAAGCGGUGAUGACGAAGAUAACAACUGUGCAUUAGACACAACACUCACACACAUCGAGUAUGGUUUGGGUUUCGAUUGUCCCAGUUGGCGAGGCGUUUGGGAAUAUGCUUGCACAGUGGCGGGCGGUACAAUGAGUGCUUGUGUUGCACUGUGCAAAUAUGGUGUAACAAACAACAGUGAACAGACUAUAAUUAUCAAUUGGACUGGUGGUUGGCACCAUGCUCAGCGUGAUCGCGCAGCCGGUUAUUGCUACGUCAAUGAUAUCGUUUUAGGCAUUUUAGUGCUGCGUAAACAUUUCAAAAGGGUGCUUUAUGUAGAUUUGGAUGCACAUCAUGGUGAUGGUGUGCAGCAAGCGUUUGAAGUAACCAAACGUGUUUUUACUUUUUCGAUGCAUCGUUAUGAAUGUGGCUAUUAUCCAGGCACUGGCGGUAUGGAUGAUUGUGGUUUCGGUGAGGGUAAAGGCUAUGCAGCAAAUUUUCCAUAUCAAAGUGGUAUAGGCGGUAAAAACUUCUACAAGUAUCUUAAACGUGUAUUGACAAAAAUACUGCAAUUAUACAAUCCUGAGGUGUGUGUGAUACAAUGUGGCGCCGAUGCAUUAGUUGGUGAUCCACUCGGUGGCACAAACCUUACACCAGCAGACUUAAUUGAAUGUGUCGAAUUUAUAUUAAUGAAUGGAUUGCCAACUGUGCUUUUGGGAGGUGGCGGUUAUAAUUUUACAAAUUCUAGUCGUUUGUGGACCCAAUUGACCGCCACCUGUUGCGGCGUACCACUGCCAGAAGACAUACCUGCUGAUAAUAGUGAUUUCCUAAAAUAUGGACCAGAUUAUAGUGUACAUAUAAAGGCCUCCAACUUUAUGAAAGACCACAAUAAUACAGAGUACUUGGAGGUGUGUGCGAAUUCUAUCGAAGGCACUAAUGAAAAGGAUAUAUUGACAUCAAUUUCACCCGAUGGAACCGUAAUCAUAUCGUCACGCAUUAAAGCUACGCUCUAUUGUUGGAUGAAUUUGCAGAAAUUCCCUUUCGAUGAGCAGCACUGCAGCACAAUAUUGGAGAGUUGGAUGUAUAAUACAUCCGAGCUUGUGUUGCAUUGGGAACAAAAGCGUCCAAUAACUCUCGAUCCGGCGCUACACCUAACCGAAUACAUGCAGCAUGGUGCUUGGUCCAAUGAAACUGUCGUCAAUGCCGAUUUGAAUGAUUUACGACAUGGUGCUUUCGCUGGCAAUUACAGCUCACUAAGUUUCACGGUACAUUUAACGCGUCAAGUCGGCUUCUAUGUGAUGGAUUAUUUUCUACCCUCAAUGCUUAUAGUGGCAAUUUCUUGGGUGUCCUUCUGGUUGCAAGCAGAUCAAGCGCCACCGCGCAUCAUGCUGGGCACCAGCACUAUGCUAACAUUUAUAACACUAGCCUCAGCACAAGGUAAAACUUUACCCAAGGUUAGUUACAUAAAAGUUUCGGAAGUGUGGUUCCUCGGUUGUACGCUCUUCAUUUUCGGCAGUCUCAUCGAAUUCGCUUUCGUCAACACAAUUUGGCGUCGCAAGCGUAAUGUGGAUGUGAAAAAAAUGAAUAGCAAACAUAUACUCAAAUCAACAUUGUCGCCACGCUCCAAACGACGUGCCACUGGACGUUCGCGUUCUUUCUGCGUGCCACCAGCAAGUACACAGAAGGAAAACGAUCCAUUUAAUAAUUAUCUUACGGUACAUAAUAUACCGAUAAACACGAUACAUGAGCAUGAAGCGGUGGAUAAUCUAUCGAAAUCGACUAGUUUUAGUAGCACAACAUUAAAUACUGGCGAUUCAAUGCCUUACAAAAAAGCGGAUUUGGCAAGCGUUGAAAUGGGCGAGGCGCAACACAAUAUCGGCUGGACCACACUGACACCGCAGGAAAUAUCCAUGUGGAUCGAUCGCAAGGCACGUUGUGUAUUUCCUUUAGCUUUUCUAGUUUUCAACGCAUUCUUUUGGACAUUUGUCUAUGUUGUUUAAUUUUUGUGCUUACGGCACGAUAGAAUGCUUUUAGUGUUAUUUAAUUGCUGCGUAGUUCUUUUUAAUUUAUUUAUUUUUUGUUUUUUUUUUAUUGUGUUUAUGCAUUU